AUGGAUUCACUCCCCUUCGAGGUCAAGGGACUAAUUUGCGCCUUUGUCAAAUCCUAUUCACAAGACGAUCUCUCCUCGCUGGGUCGAAUAGAUCGCACUUGGCAUGAGGUUGCUCUUCCUCUUGUCUACGACACCUUGAAAAUCGUAUUCGACAACAGGGAACAUCUCCUAAAAGAACUCGCAAAGGUCUCCGAAGGGCCACAGUCACGAUUAUUUCAGCUUUAUACUCGAAGACUUGAUCUAGUCUGUUUGGAUGGGUUUCAGUUUCCGGCGCCUAUAAGAGCCGUGUCAGAGAGUGGAAAGCCUAACCCGCGGCUGCGCUAUACCGACUACGCACCUGUUGCAUCUCUGAACACAUUUCUUGAAGACUAUCUGGACCGAGUCUAUGACGAACAAACCCAAUACAACCGGGCAGUCUUUUGGUUCUUUGCCGAGAAAGACUGGGAGCCCUUGGUCUCACUGAUUGCCCGUCUGGAUCAUCUUACAGAACUGAACUAUGCUAUCAAGGACAUGUUUUCUCCAGCACUUUAUCAUGCUAUACGCCAGCGCCACCCAAACUGUCGAUUAAAUAUCUGGAUGCCCCAGUCAUUCAGUCGUGAAAUUGCUCGGUGCGGCAAAUUCCGCGGUAUCAACUCUGAAGCCGAGGACCCGUUCGAGCUGGACACCCUUCAGUCUCCAAAUCUUCACGCUUUAAGCGUGAGCCAUAACCUCACGAAACAUAAGUUCCAUCUAGACGCUAGAGAGCAAAGCAGUCAUUUUGCUGAAACUUUUCCGUUCCUUUUAGCCGCUCCCAAUUUGAAGCACCUGCAAUUCGAAUAUGGAGGGUCAUCCAAAGGAGAUCUGGCCAAAUUGAAGACUCAGUGGGAAAAAUCUAUGCAAAGCCUUAAGCCUAUGCCAGUGGCUUCGCUCAAAUCUCUUUCCUUUGGUGGCAUGUUUAAAGCCUACUGUCCUUGGGAGGAUGUCUUUAUGUCCAUUUCUCAUCUCGUUGACCUAUCGAGAUUAAAGUCUCUCGAUAUCAGCGUUUCCCGGGCGCCUAGUCUUCUUCGGAACGUCCGUUCAAUCAUCCCCAAUUUGCAGAGGCUUUUUAUCAACAUGCAUCUUCAGGAAAGACAUUAUGAUGAUUUGGAGGAGGAUGAUCCCGAGAUGGUGGGACUGAUACAGGAGUUUAAUCCGCUUCGAUUCCUUGCAGUUCGUGGGCUGCGAACCUAUUCGGCUCUUCACAAGAUCCUUAUAUAUCAUGGAGAUACACUCAAAGGGCUUAUGAUCCAAUCCUCCUCAGAUCGUCGCAAAUCUCCCAAUACUGAUAUCGGAUAUAAGUACCCACCGCUGAACGGCCAACAAAUCAUCGAGAUCGCAAAGAUCUGUCCAAACCUAAAGGAACUUCUCCUCCCUAUUAAACGUGUUGGAGGCAGACCGGAAGAAUGCAAUGUCUACAGAGCAUUAGGAAAAUUCACUCGGCUUCACACGCUAGUCCUGGAAACGAUAUAUGAUCCAAGAUCGAAACCCGAACAAUACACUCAAUGGCUUGAUGAUUCCCUUGUACGAGAAAUCUUCAGAAACGCCGCCACAGACGUGAACCUUGUCAAGGCUAUGUGGGGGCUCGUAUUCUCGAAUCAACCAGCGCGGCUAUUGAGAAAUCUUCGAGUGAUCCCGAUCGGCCAGGCAGAUUUUGCAAUCAACGGUGGAGACAACGGGAAAUUUGAAAACUGCCUGUUGAGACAGUUAGGCCGCUCCUUCCUCCUCAUCCGAUCACUAGGUGACACUCCCAAUGUCCAGGAGAUCGGUAAACUCGACCCGGAACGCUGGCAGAAGUUCCUUUCCAGUUUAAGUCCCCACAUGAGACCACUCCCUUUUGAAAGGGCGACGAGGUUAUUGAGAAGUGUCUGGCCUGGCAUGCGAUGGAAUGAUGAGACCUUUGUACUUUCGGGCUGGGAAAGCUUCCCUUUACAAAUUGAUCCCGAUGGAGAACCGCAGUCUGCCACAUAA